CACCUUUCCCGCCAGGGUCCUGCAGGGUGGACUCCUCCUCGGCAGAGGGCACCGCAGACCCCUGUGCAGCUCCGGAAGCUGGGCUGCCUGCCAUGGGAAGACUACACUUCCCAGCGAUCCCAGGGAAAAGCGAAAACCCUUUGGCUUUGACAGCCGCCGCCACAAGUCUUUCCGCCUCUCCAGGCUGCCUGGGAGGUGGGAGCUGGAUUAUGGUGGCCUGAGCAGCCGACGCAGCCGCAGGCGCCCGGAGCCUCAGACCCGACCACGCCGCCCGGCCCAUUGGGAGGACCAGAAGAGUAGCAGCUAUCAAGCUGCCAUGCCAGCCCCUCCCAGCCCCUCGAGGGGCCUGAGCCCUCCGCUGGGGCUGGCCACCGCCAUCCAGAUGUAGCCGGGCUCUGGCUCCUCUUAUCUCCUGCUCUGCGGAUUUCUCCUGCCUUCUCUCCAGUGCCUGGACCCAGGGACCGGCUGAGAGGCCUUAUAGGCUCUGGAGUCCUGAUGUCUCCAAGUCCCCUCUCCUGAAAAGCUAGCAGCACCACCCAGACUUGGGGACACGCAACAGGGACGGCCGUGGGCCCUAGCAAGCCCAGAAGACCAGAGCCCACCAUGGCCCCAGCCCUGCCCUGGCUCCUGCUGUGGAUGGGCUCCGGCGUGUUCCCUACCCAUGGCACCCAGCAUGGCAUCCGGCUGCCCCUCCGCAGUGGCCUUGGGGGUGCCCCCCUGGGGCUCCGAUUGCCUCGGGAGACCGAGGAGGACCCAGAGGAGCCAAGCCGGAGGGGCAGCUUUGUGGACAUGGUCGACAACCUGCGGGGCAAGUCGGGUCAGGGCUACUAUGUGGAGAUGACCGUGGGCAGCCCUCCACAAACGCUCAACAUCCUGGUGGACACAGGCAGCAGCAACUUCGCAGUAGGAGCCGCCCCGCACCCCUUCCUGCAUCGCUACUACCAGAGGCAGCUGUCCAGCACAUACCGGGACCUCCGCAAGGGUGUCUAUGUGCCCUACACCCAGGGCAAGUGGGAAGGGGAGUUGGGCACUGACCUGGUGAGCAUCCCUCACGGCCCCAACGUCACUGUGCGUGCCAACAUCGCUGCCAUUACGGAAUCGGACAAGUUCUUCAUCAACGGCUCCAACUGGGAGGGCAUCCUAGGGCUGGCCUAUGCUGAGAUUGCCAGGCCUGAUGACUCCCUGGAGCCCUUCUUCGACUCCCUGGUAAAGCAGACCCAUGUUCCCAACCUCUUCUCCUUGCAGCUCUGUGGUGCUGGCUUCCCCCUCAACCAGUCUGAGGUGCUAGCCUCAGUUGGAGGGAGUAUGAUCAUUGGGGGAAUUGACCACUCGCUGUACACGGGCAGCCUCUGGUACACUCCCAUCCGGCGGGAAUGGUAUUAUGAGGUAAUCAUUGUGCGGGUAGAGAUCAAUGGACAAGAUCUGAAAAUGGACUGCAAGGAGUACAAUUACGACAAGAGCAUUGUGGACAGUGGCACCACCAACCUCCGACUGCCCAAGAAAGUGUUUGAAGCUGCAGUAAAAUCGAUCAAGGCAGCCUCCUCGACGGAGAAGUUUCCAGAUGGUUUCUGGCUAGGGGAACAGCUGGUGUGCUGGCAAGCAGGCACCACCCCUUGGAACAUUUUCCCAGUCAUCUCCCUCUACCUCAUGGGUGAGGUCACCAAUCAGUCCUUCCGCAUCACGAUCCUUCCACAGCAAUACCUGCGGCCAGUGGAAGAUGUGGCCACGUCCCAGGACGACUGUUACAAGUUUGCCAUCUCACAGUCAUCAACCGGGACUGUCAUGGGAGCUGUCAUCAUGGAGGGCUUCUAUGUUGUUUUUGAUCGAGCCCGAAAACGAAUUGGCUUUGCCGUCAGCGCCUGCCAUGUGCACGACGAAUUCAGGACAGCUGCAGUGGAAGGCCCUUUUGUCACCCUGGACAUGGAAGACUGUGGCUACAACAUUCCACAGACAGACGAAUCAACCCUCAUGACCAUAGCCUACGUCAUGGCUGCCAUCUGCGCUCUCUUCAUGCUGCCCCUCUGCCUCAUGGUGUGUCAGUGGCGCUGCCUCCGCUGCCUGCGCCAUCAGCAUGACGACUUUGCUGAUGACAUCUCCCUACUAAAGUGAGGAGCAGUAGGGGGCCGAAGACAAAGAUUCCCCUAGACCACAUCUGGGUGGUUCACUUUGGUCACAAGUAGGAGACACAGAUGCCAUCUGUGGCUGGAGCACCUCAGGACCCUCAUCUACCCACCGAAUGCCUCUGCCGUGACAGAAAAGAAGGAAAGGUGGUGAGGUGGAUUAUAGGACUGUGCCUGUAAGAAACAGGAAAGGGAAGAAAGAAGCAUCCUUGUGGCGAGAAUACUCUUGGUCAUCUCAUGGCUUAGUUGGAAAAUUCUGCUGCUUCAAACUUCAGCCCUGAAACCUCUGCCUACCAUCCCUUUAGAUUUUCCAACAACACACAGUAUUCUCCUUUUUUAGUUCCAGAAGAAAUGGUCUCACACCCAGGUCAUCCCAGUGUGAAUCCCUGUGGUACCCUGGCAGAAAAAAAGCCAAGCUUCUUUUCCUGCGGGACAAAAUGCAAAGUUUGCAAUUUGCUUUAGAGAUAGGGACUGUAUAAAUAAGCCUAACACUGGUGCAAAGACUGCCUCUUGAAUUAAAAA